AUGCUACCACGUGUAGGACUAUUGAUCAUUGGUGUGAUAUUUCACAUUGUAUACUUGUUCAGUAUCUUUGACAUCUACUUUACAUCACCACUGGUGCAUGGUAUGAAACCACAUAAAAGUCCAGUGGAAGCACCUGCUGAUAGACUGGUGCUGUUUGUGGGCGAUGGACUCAGAGCAGACAAACUGUUCGAAUUGGACGAUAACCAACAGACUCGAGCACCUUAUCUAAGAAGCGUUAUCCAACAUACUGGUACCUGGGGUGUGUCUCACACGCGUGUACCUACAGAGUCAAGACCAGGCCACGUUGCCAUCAUUGCUGGCUUCUAUGAGGAUGUCAGUGCUGUCACCACGGGUUGGUCCAUGAAUCCUGUCAACUUUGAUUCCGUCUUCAAUCAGUCUCAACAUACGUGGUCAUUUGGAUCGCCCGAUAUCUUGCCCAUGUUCCAACAUGGCGCCAGUGAUCCCAGUCGAGUCGAAACGUUCAUGUAUCCACCUGAAUACGAAGAUUUUUCGGGAGAAGCAUCGAGACUGGAUGUGUGGGUGUUUGAUCAUGUCAAGGCAUUGUUUGAAAAAGCGGCUGUAGAUCCUGCACUGAACUCCAAAUUACGUCAAAAAAAGAUUGUUUUCUUUUUGCACUUGCUUGGACUUGACACCAAUGGCCAUGGAUUCAGGCCCAUGUCAAAGGAGUACUUGGACAACAUCAAGCUGGUGGAUCGAGGCGUGGAAGAGAUUGUUCAAUUGAUUGAGAGCUUUUACGACAAUGACGGCAAAACCAGCUAUGUGUUUACAGCGGACCAUGGUAUGAACAACAGAGGUGGACAUGGUGAUGGACAUCCUGAUAAUACGCGUACACCUAUCGUUGCUUGGGGUGCUGGUGUACGUAAGCCCAUUCGAUCCAGCCUUGGCCAUGAUGAGUUUUCAGCUCCUUGGGGAUUGGAUGACAUUCAACGUGAUGAUAUUCGACAAGCUGAUAUUGCGCCCUUGAUGGCUCAUUUAGUGGGCAUUGAUUUGCCGGUCAACUCAGUGGGUGAAUUGCCGCUGAGCUAUUUGGAUGCGGAUGAAAUGGCCAAAGCAGAAGCUGCCUUCUCCAAUGCUCGUCAGAUUUUGGAGCAGUAUCAGGUGAAGCAUGAUGAAAAGGAGCAGCUCGAGCUGUUCUUCAGACCCUUCUCUCAACUAUCAGGAUCCAACAAUCCCAUUCUGCUUGUAUCAGAAAUCCAGUCUCUGAUCGAUGAUCAUCAAUACACGUUAGCCGAGCAAAAGUCAAGAGAGCUCAUGUCGCAUUGUCUUGAAGGUUUACGUUAUUUCCAGACUUACGACUGGUUCUUCCUCAGAAGUGUUGUAACUGCUGGCUACGUUGGAUGGUGCGUGUUCUGUCUCGAGUUUGUGAUUCGCAGCUUUGUGCUUCGUAGCUCAUCUUACACCAACCUGACCAUCAAAUCCUGUCUCACAAUUGAUUUCUUUUCCUUGGUCAUUCUCGGUGGCCUGUAUGCCAUGUUAUGGAUCCAGAAAAUGCCCAAAAUGUACUAUGCCUACGUCCUGUUUCCCGUAUACUUUUGGAACCAAAUCUUGCGAAACUAUCGCUCGCUGUCUGAAGCUUUGCGUCUUGGUAUUCAGAACGGUAUUGUCAGAUCGGUUGCUGUUGUUAUUGCUGCACUCGUCUUUUUGGAGGCUCUGGUGUUUAGCUUCUUUUACCGCGAAAUGCUUACUGCCAUCUUUGUUGUGCUAUCUGCUUGGCCCUUGAUUAUGCCACCCAGACUUCGCUCUGAGAACAAACUGUUGCUCACAGGCUGGUUUGUCUCUUGUAUUUGCACUAGUGUCUUUACUCUAUUGCCAGUCGAAAAAGGCGAGGAUCUCAACAUGGUUUUGCUAGGUGGAUUGGUCGGCAUUUUGGCUAGCGUGCUUGCGCUAUGGAAGCUCAAGCAAAGCAACCGUGUCAGCAAUUCUCAAAGUGCCAUCAUGAUUGCACAAUUGCUGGCCAUAGUUGCCAGUCUUUUCUUUGUCUGGUCUACUUCCACCAGUCUUCAAAAGCGUGAAGGUCUUCCAGUAUUCAAUCAAGUUGCCAGUUGGAUCAUCAUCUCUUUUUCAAGCAUCUUCCCAUUCGUUUAUCGUGGAAAGUCUUACGACGAUUAUUUGACAAGAUUGCUCACUAUCUGUUUCGCUUUCGCUCCUCUUAUGACUUUGCUUAGCAUUUCAUACGAACUCUUGUUUUAUGUCUGCUUCUGUAGCACAGUGCUCAUCUGGCUUGAAGUGGAACGUACAUUGUACAAGGGCACUCGCUCUACUGCCAACCGUUCUCUUAAAGCCAGCGAUGGCCGUGCUGUGCUUGUGUUCCUGUUCUUUAUUGAUGUAGCCUUCUUUGGUACUGGCAAUGUGGCCUCACUAAGCAGCUUCUCUUUGGAAAGUGUGUAUAGAUUCACCACUGUGUUUGAUCCCUUCUUGAUGGGCACUCUUUUGAUCAUCAAGGUAUUGAUUCCCUUCUUUGUCGCUUCAUCUGUGUUGGGCAUCCUUAGUUCUAGUAUUGAUCUCCAACCUUUCACUCUGUUCUUGGCUGUCAUGAGCAUCACCGAUAUUCAAACCAUCAAUUUCUUCUUCUUUGUCACUGACUAUGGAAGUUGGCUUGAAAUUGGUACUUCCAUCAGUCAUUUCUGCAUUGCUGAGCUAUUCAUCAUCUUUACCAUGAUCCUGUUCCUCUUGUCUAGACUCUUGGUUGGACAUCUUGUUCUGCCAAAACUAAACAAACGAAUCAAUCAAAUGAGACCCAAAAACAUGUAA